AUGAUUACUCGAAAGGCUGGUGCUGCUCUAGCCGCUGGCUGUGCCGCCGUGCUGAAGGUGGCUGAAGAUGCUCCUCUUUCUGGGCUUUUGGCUGCUCGCCUGGCUAUCGACGAAGCGGGUUUGGCUCCGGCUGGCCUCUUCAGUUGUCUCACUGCCACCGGAGACAUGGACGAUGGUCGGGCACAGAUUGGAAGACUCUUUUGCACGGACCCACGCAUUCGGCACAUCGCCUUCACUGGUUCUACUCAAGUCGGACGG